CUCCCCCGCGCUCCCGCGAGUGACACGGCCCGGGGCCGCAGCGGGCGCGGCCUCGGCGAGGGGCGGCGGGAGGCGCCAUGGCGCUGCCGGGUGGAAAUAAGGAUAACAUCAGAGCAGGAUGCAAGAAGUGUGGCUACCCUGGUCAUCUGACAUUUGAAUGUCGAAACUUCCUCCGAGUAGAUCCUCAAAGAGAUAUUGUUUUAGAUGUUAGCAGCACUAGCAGUGAAGACAGUGAGGAAGAAGAACUGCAGAGGUUGCAAGCCAUGCGUGAAAAAAAGAAUUUAAAUGAGGAGGAAGAAAAAAAGAAACAGAAAAGAAAAAGCAAAGAAAAAACAAAAUUAAAGCGAUCAAGGAAAAGAUCUUCCUCAUCGAGUGCAGCUGAAGAGGAUAGACCAAAGUCAAAAAAGCAAAAAUCACACAAAAAAGAGAGGGAAAAGGGAAAAAAGAAUAAAUCUAAGAAAGGAAAACAUCAUAAAAAGGAGAAGAAGAAGAGACGAAAGGAAAAAAGUUCAUCUUCUGAUAGUUCAGACAGUUCCAGUAGUGACUGAGUUGCUGGCCUAUUUUUGCAUUCGCUUCUGCAGAGAAGAUGAUUUUCCUUUCAAUUCAAAUUCAUUUAUGCUCUGUAAUGCUGUUGUUUUAAAAUGAUAUAUAUAUAUUUUUAAGAAAUUUAUUUGCAAAUAUCAGGGCUUCAAAUUAUUACACGGACCAUUUGGGAAAAAAAAUGUUCUUCUAUCUCAAGUUUAUUAGUACUAAAACUGUGUGAGUUUACCUAGUUUUUCGCUUUUAUUCUUAGUUUGGUUGUGAUUAGUUGUGUUUGCAAUCUUUUGCACUAGGAUAUGGUAAACUUCAGUUUGCAGGCCUUCUGGUAGAAAGACUGGGACUUAAAUAUGCUUAUUGUCAGAACGAUUGAAUCAAAUUUGGCAGUUCAAGUGAGACUUUUUGUUAUGUUGUCCCUUAAAUGUAUGUUUUGCAUAGCAUUUUCUACUUAUAUACAUUAAUCUGUAAGGUCAAAUAUGAAAUAAUGUUUGGGUCCAGAGAAGGGUAAGAAUGGGCAAUAAGAAGCUAAAAGAUGUUGUUCCUUCAAAACUAUCUUCUAAAAUUGAUCUAGUCAUAGACUAUGAACUAUAAUUACAUGUUGUUUUGGCAGGAUCACUGUGAGCAAGGAGAAAAUAACAAAAGCAAACAACAGCUAUUAAUUUUUCAAAGUAUUUUCUUUCUGCUUAGGUUUUGGUCUUUACAGUGAUGGCCAUUUCAUUUUUGAUGUAAGGUAUCACUUUCUAACACUAGAUGACUGUCCAGCAAGAUUGUUUACAAAGUCCUAAGAAGCAUAUUAAUAUAGUAUAUAGUGACGAAAUGCAGUUCAUACAGUGUAUACCUGAACAAAAACAGGCAAUUCAAAGACUGACAGUUGACAAGAACUGUGAAGCCUUCAUUCAUUCUCGUAAAACUCCUGUUGAAAAGUUAAAAACAAACAAACCCCCAAAACUCUUGUGGAAUGUAAGCAAUUUAUUGUGUUGAAGUCAGAAGCAAAAUUUCCUGUUUGAUAUCGGGAGCAAUGUUAAGCAUGUCAAAAUUUUAUAACUGCAUUCUGGUGUUUGUGAUUCAUAUUUUGUAGGGUAGAGGGUCAAGGUGGAUUGAUACCUUUAAGUUGAACAGAUUUCAGUUGUAUACUCCUACCCUAGAAAUGCCUAAACCUUAAAGUGCCUCUGUUUAGAUUUUCUUGAAAAUGCUCUUCAUGCCUGUGGUUUUGGUUUUUUGUUGUUUGGUUUUUUUUUUUUUUUUUCUGCUUAGACACAGGACUGUUUCCCUAAGCAGUUUGGCAUACAGCUGCAGUGGAAGAGUGGAAGUCUCAUGGGAGUCAAAAUAUGAGUAAAAGCAAUACCUAAGCUUUCUCAACAGUAAUGUCCAUUGCCUUUGUUUUCUAUAGUGGGUUAAAACAUUGAGCCAGUACUAAACAUUUUGUGGUAUUUUAAUGGUUACUGCAUUUGUCCUGGAAGUGAGAUAGCUAGAUUUAACUCUGUCUUUCAGACUUUUGUGUUCAGACCAGAACUCUAUUAUGCUGCAACUUGUGCUGUAGAUGCUGUGUUAGGAAACAUUAAAGAUCAAAAUACUCAAGGAAGCCACAGAGCAAGGAGAAAUUGUCUAUAACCUUCUAUGUAGGUCUCUUGGUAGAGGAUGGCAAGUCCUUCCAUUUGCUCUUUUUCUUACUGGCUUUGAUCCAGUCUGGUUUUUCAUGUCAUAUAUCAUGAUUUAAGGGAUGGGCAUGGGUAAUAUAACUGAAGAGAGACUGGACCUCUUAGUUAGCUGAUACCUGCGCGUAGCAUAAGGAACAUUCUUUUCAUGAGUACUAAUUCAACAGAUUCUUCCACUCGGUUCACUCUAGUCACUUCAGCAUUGCUGCUGCUGUUAAAGCUUAGUUUUGUCUGGGUUAAUUCCCUAAGCCAGUCAUUCUGUAGAGAGCGACAGGGGAGUUGUGGCUACUUAAGCUGAUACUGUUGCCAAAGGAAGUAUUUGGUCAGGCCAUAGCUUAAGAGAUUUUUUUAAUUGAGAUUUUUUUCUCCCUAAAAUGUUCCUUACUUAGUGAGAUUGGAAGGGUUAUGGGAGUGAGGGGAAUUCAGAACUUGUGUGAUCUCCCAAUGAUUCCAUGAUACCAGUUCUGUGGAACAACAGUUUUUUACCUUGUUUGUUCUUGAUUUUUGAAAGCUUCAUCUGAACACAAGGAACUGAAGGGAAAUUUACUGAGCUUUUUAUACGAGAAUGGCUGAAGAGUUUAUUAAACAUCCCUUAUUACAGGUAGUAUAUCUGUAUGCAUAAGUGUAAUUUAUCCAUCAAACUAUAUUUAAUGACAAAUUAGAGAAUGGAUGGAGGCUUAAAGUUCAGAAAAGCAAAAGGUAUAUAUUUUAGUAGCAUUCCUUAUACCUUUGCGUAAUUUCAAAUAAGCCGUUUUAGAUUCUGGUUCUAGUUGUUGAAAUCAAAAGAUUACUUAGCUAAAUGAUAGUGCAAUUACCUCCUGUGUAGCAUUACCUCCCGUGUAGCUAUUUAUGGUAGUUACGAUGGUAUUUUAUACAAGAGUGUAAGGCAUGAUUUUUCAGUGUUUUAUGGUUUGCCACCUGCUACAAGUGUACAUUGGAAAAAAGCUUUUCUGAUCUGAACACUUUAAAUAUCGCUAUUCUUAAUUCAUGCAUUAAUGUAACAGAGAUAAUAUAAUGCUUCAGCUUAUUUUUCAGGCCAUAUUCCCCUUUUGUUUGCAAAGAUCUACAUUGAAGUGAAUAGGUUUUGCCACAGAAAUGCUUAAGAUUUCAGACAUGUUAACUGAUACAUCAAGACACGCUGCAAUGAACAGUUCUCUGCCAAGUUAAUAUUUGCUAAUCUUUAAAAGUGAUAUAAAAAUAAAUAUUCUUUGUUUUCUUACUUGA